AGCCCCAGAGGAGAGAGCUACACAGUGUUGGUACUGCCAGUUCUCACGCGCUGCCCCUCCCUCGCUGUCCCUCCCCCCCGGGGGUGAAUCCCAGGAGUUUGCCUCAGGUGCAGAGUCAGUUUCUAGGAGAGAUCAGUGAGGUUGGCAGUUACCAGGAGAGGGAACAGUAAGUGGCAGUCACACAGCGGGGAUAGAGAUUGCGCCUGACAGGAAUCAGGCACCGACACAAAUACAAAUUGCCGCACAGAGGUUGAGGUACCACAAUGGGCUGCUUCUCCUUCCUCAAGACCAUGAUGUUUGUGUUCAAUGGAAUCAUAUUUUUGGGCGGGGUGGCUGUACUGGGCAUCGGUGUCUGGGUGAAGGUGGAUGGAGGCUCCUUUCUUCAGAUCCUGGGCUCUGCUGCCCCCCAGCUCAUGCAGGUGGUGAAUGUGGGGUAUCUGUGCAUUGCCGUCGGAGGGUUCCUUAUACUUAUGGGGUUCCUCGGCUGCUGUGGGGCCGUGAAGGAGAGCCGCUGCAUGUUAAUGUUGUUCUUCAUCAUCAUCCUCAUUAUUUUUAUUGCUGAAGUGGCAGGAGCUGUGGUAGUGCUGGCAUUCUCAUCUGUGUCUCGAAUUUUCAUUGAGUACCUUGGUAACGUGGCUGUGAAAUACCUGCAUUACCAGUAUGGGGAAAGUGAUGAACUCACCACAAUAUGGAAUGCAACCAUGAAAGAGUUGAAGUGCUGUGGAUUCUAUAGCUAUGAGGAUUUCACCAACUCCACAUAUUACCAGAGGAACCAGCAGUACCCGCCCGUAUGCUGUGCCAACAUCAGCCCGUGCCAGAAGUAUAAAAUUGACCCUGAUGUGAAGGGCUGCCUGGCCGCCUUCGAGCACUUCUUUAGCCGGAAUGGGAAGAUUGUUGGUGGGGUCGCUCUGGGGAUCUGCGCUCUGGAGCUCGCAGCCAUGAUUGUCUCUCUCGUGCUUUUCUGCCACAUCGGCAACAGUGCCUGAUCCCUAACUAAACAUGGCGGCUCCUGUGAUAUCGACACCAUGAGCAGGGAUGCAGCGCAAUGCAGCCAGUCAUCCCUCUGAUUGGCUACUGAAUUGCUGCCAUCUCUCAACUUCUGCUCUCCUUUCAUUGGAUGCACCUUGUUUCCCCGACUCCACCCCUUCUCGUCCCAAAGCUACAGGGUGAAGUGGACUUUUCUUGGACUUGGGUUGGAUAUAGUAGAAUGGGGAAGGUCACAUCACCCUUAUAAACAUGGGCAUUUAUUAUACAUACACCCUGUAUAUAUAUAUUAUUCCUGAUCCUAAAACCUAGCUCUAUUUUAGGAAAGCUCCACCCCUUUUGGAGCCAGUUAUGUAAAUAGAUUGCUCUUUUGAGUAUUUUUGCAAUUUACAUGAAUGAUUAUUUUUCUAGUUUUGCAGAUAUUAGUAAUUCUCACACUGCGCCUAUGAUGAUUUGGAACAACAGCGCCAUCUACUGGUCAUUUAAGUGAUGUCAUUUUCUGCGCAGAGCAGGGCGACUGCUGUAUUUCAUGUGAUUACAUAGCUCCGCCCAUUAAUGUAAUGCUGUCUAUAUGACCCCAAAGCACUUUGGAGAUACUCAGCAUCAUUAUAUGUAGCAUCAUUAUAUGUAGCAUCAGGGGUUGGAUGAAGGGAACCAGAUGGGUGUUCAUGCAGUCAUGUAUUUAUUCUGAAAUGAAACCAUUUCUAAUAUUCUAUUUUAGUUACUGGCAAAUGGAAUAGAAAUAUAUUUAUAGCCCUGUACAUGUGAUGCUCCUUGUACAGGCGUGUGCUGAGACAUAUGUAAUAACAUGUAAUUAUAUUAUAUGAUAAUAACCAUU